AUGAGCUAUGAUGAAGACUACAUCUUUGAUCCUUAUAAUGAUGAUUAGCCUUGCUUUAUUUAGGAAGAUUAGUUUAUGGAUAACCUUUUAGAUUAAAACAAUUAAUUAUAGUUUGAAUGUGAUUAACUAAGAGAUAUGAAGUAAAAUAAAAGAAAUACUUUUAGUUUUCAUGAAGAAAUAAAUGAAAUAUCUGAUAAUUUAGAUGCAAAUUAGAGAUUGUCAUCUACAAAUAAUUUUGCAAUAGAAAAUGAUUCAUUUUUGAUACAGAAACAUUAGAUUUUCAAUGAUCAAUAAAAAGUAGAAGAUUGCACAUUUGAAUCUAGGAGUAGAAGUAGAGAGAUUGAAAAAAAUGUAAUCAAUUAGUUAGAAUAGAAUUUAGACUGGGAAAAUUAAAAAAUGGACUCAAGAAGAAAAUGAUUUACUAGCAAAUUUGUAUUAUUAAUUUAAUGGAGAUUGGCAGAGGAUUGUUGAAAGAAUGUAAGGAAGAACCUUGACAUAAUGCAAAUAGUAUUGGUAAAGAAAGCAUAAACCUGAAUAACCUUAAAAAAGUAAAUGGACACCUGAAGAAGAUUAAAUAAUUAGAGAUAAUGUUAAUAAAGAAGAAAAUAAUUGGGCUGCAAUAGCUACAAGUAUAUAAAAUAUCAUAUAUGAAAGUGUUAAAAAAUAAAACAGGGAAAUAAAUAAGGGAGAGAUAUAUAAAUAAAUUAAGGUCAGAUAUUAUUGAUGUUAAGAAAUAGCCAUGGUCUAAUUAAGAAGAUCAAAAACUAUUAUAGUUAUAUAAUUAAUUUGGAUCUAAAUGGUCUUUGAUAGCUCGACAAUUUUUUGGAAGAUCUGUAAAUACUAUUACUAAAAUCUAGGAUUUGUAGAUCAAAAAUAGAACUAAUAAAUUAUUAAAAACUUAAAGUGGCACAUAAUUAUAACAAGAAUAGCCAAAAUUACAGGUAUAAAAUCUGAAUCUAGAGAGUUAUCUAGAAUUAGAUAAAACUUGUGAAAAAUCUCAAAAUAAACCUAAGUUUGAAUUUCCAUAAUAUAAUUCUUAUACAGUCUCUUCUCAAUUAAUUCAAUGA